AAAGAAUGAAUAACUUCUGAGUCUCGCCCUUUCGCUUCUGUUCCCAAAAUCAAAGUUCUUUAUCAUUACCACCCACAAAUCUCCACAAUCAAAAGAUGUUCCGGCAAGCCUCACGCCUUUUGGCUCGAGCCAUCACAUUGACUAGGUCUCGAGCCUUCUCCUCCGAAGUCCCCGCCACCCCCACCGCCGACUCUGCCUUCAUCGACUCAUGGAAAAAAAUCAUACCAAACAUGGAACCACCCAACACUCCAUCGUCUUUCAUGGUCACUCGCCCGCAAACUCCCACCUCCAUCCCUUCUAAGCUCACUGUCAACUUCGUUCUUCCUUACGCAUCUGAGCUGUCCGCCAAGGAGGUUGACAUGGUCAUUAUUCCAGCAACAACAGGUCAAAUGGGUGUUUUGCCUGGGCAUGUACCGACAAUUGCAGAACUAAAGCCUGGGGUCUUAUCUGUUCAUGAAGGAAAUGAGACUAAGAAAUAUUUUCUUAGCAGUGGGUUUGCGUUUAUCCAUGCAAAUUCAGUUGCUGAUAUAAUCGCAGUUGAAGCUGUUCCAGUUGACCUCGUUGAUCCAAGCUUGGUCCAGAAGGGGCUUGCAGAAUUCACUCAGAAGCUGAGUUCUGCUACCACUGACUUGGAGAAAGCUGAAGCCCAGAUAGGGGUUGAUGUUCACAGUGCACUGAACUCUGCCUUGAUGGGCUAACGUUUUUCUUCUGCCUCCAGGUUUUGUCAUUUUGGUUUGUUUUGAGCUUCACUGACUGUUCAGUCUUCCAUCUAUUUAUUAUCAGGCCACUUAGAUUUGUCUAAGAUGUUAUUAUCGUGAUCAUCUGAAGGUUAAAAUAAAUUUAAGAAGCAAGUAUCUCAAUCACUCUUUACUUUUUUUGAACCAAAAAAAAAAACAAUUAUUGCUCUUUGCUAUAAGUGGAAGUCACCCAGAAUAUUAUUCUUUGGACUGGAACAAAUCAAUGUGAUGUAGGUUUGAAAUGAUGAUUAUGUAUUCAGAAGUUUUGAAGGAA